GUGGAGUCAUCGGACUCCGUGAAAACAACAACAUCACAGGAGCCUUAACCUGCUUCAUCCCGCUGAAACACGGGCGGUUUUACCUGCUGCGUCCCGCUAAAACACCGGAGACCUUACCUGCUUCAUCCCGCUGAAGCACCGGAGGCUUCUCCUGCUUCAUCCCGCUGACACACCGGCCUCCCCUCCGGUGUUUCCCCGGCGGAGGGCGAGCAGCAGCGGGCAGAGAUGUGGAUCCAGCCGGAGGAGGUGCUGCUGGCCGGAGCUCUGUGGGUGUCCGAGCGGGCCAAUCCCUUCUUCAUCCUGCAACGGAGACGGGGCCACGGCCGCGGAGGGGGGCUCUCCGGUCUCCUGGUUGGGACUCUGGAUGUGGUUCUGGACUCCAGUGCCAGAGUGGCUCCGUACAGGAUCCUGCUGCAGACUGCCGACUCUCAGAUCUACUGGAACAUUGCCUGUGGCUCAUCCAGGAAGGAAAUCACGGAGCACUGGGAUUGGCUGGAGUCCAACCUGCUGCAGACCAUCUCUAUAUUUGACAACGAUGAAGACGUCACCACCUUCGUCAAAGGAAAGAUCUGUGGCAUCAUCGCAGAGGAGAACCGGCUGAAGCCGAGCAAUGAGCAGGAGGAGGACAGCGGGAAGUUUCGGGAGGCGGAGCUAAAGAUGAGGAGGCUGUUUGGGAUGCCCGACGAGGAGAAGCUGGUGAAUUAUUACUCGUGCAGCUACUGGAAGGGCCGCGUGCCGCGGCAGGGCUGGCUCUACCUGUCCGUCAACCAUCUGUGCUUCUACUCCUUCCUGCUGGGCAAAGAGGUGACCCUGGUGGUGCAGUGGACCGAGGUGACCCAGCUGGAGAAGAACGCCACGCUGCUGUUUCCAGAGAGCAUUCGUGUGAGCACCCGUCACACCGAACAUUUCUUCUCCAUGUUUCUCAACAUCAACGACACCUUCAAGCUGAUGGAGCAACUCGCCAACAUCGCAAUGCGUCAGCUGCUCGACAACGAGGCGUUCGCCGCCGACCGCUCGCUGCCCAAACCCUGCAAGACGCUGAAGAAUGUCUCAGUGCUGAAGAGGGAUUUGGACGCCCGGGCGAAGAACGAGCGGUACCGGGCCAUGUUCCGGCUGACGCAGGACGAGCGGCUGGACGGACACACAGACUGCACGCUGUGGACGCCAUUUGCCAAGAUGCACGUGGUCGGCCAGCUGUUCAUCUCCAACAACUACAUCUGCUUCAACAGCAAAGAGGAGGAUCUGUGUCAGCUCAUCAUUCCACUGAGAGAGGUGUCCAUUGUGGAGAAGGCGGACAGCAGCAGCGUCCUGCCAUGUCCAGUCUCCAUCAGCACCAAGAACAAGAUGACCUUUUUGUUCGCCAACCUCAAAGACAGAGACUUCUUGGUCCAACGCAUUUCUGACUUCCUGCAGCGGACGCCCGAUAGCUCAUGGGGCGACACCAGCCCGCUGUCUCUGAUUGGACAGUCGGCGUCCUCCAGUGUCCCCUCGUCCUCGUCUGCGGGAUCGGAGUCCGUCCACAAGGGCCGUCAGUACCACUCUGGUCUGCCGACAGCCAGCCAGGGUCUGCUGCAGCUGUACCACCAAGAUGCCCUGGAGGACCUGGGACCCAAAGCUAUGAAGGAGAAGAUGAAGGAGGAGGCGUGGAACAUCCAUUUCUCAGAGUUUGGUCGAGGUGUCUGCAUGUACCGAACCUCCAGAACCAGAGAACUGGUCUUGAACGGGAUCCCUGAACGUCUACGAGGAGAACUGUGGCUGCUGUUCUCUGGAGCGCAGAACGAGAUGGCGUCCCACCCUGGGUACUAUGGCGACCUCGUGGAGCAGGCCAUGGGGCUGUGUUCAUUGGCCACAGAGGAGAUUGAACGCGACCUUCACCGGUCCAUGCCUGAACACCGAGCCUUCCAGAAUGAGAUGGGCAUCGCUGCUCUUCGCCGUGUCCUCACUGCCUACGCCCACCGCAACCCGGGCAUCGGAUACUGCCAGGCGAUGAACAUCGUCACCUCUGUCCUGCUACUCUACUGCACCGAGGAAGAGGCCUUCUGGUUGCUGGUCGCACUGUGUGAGCGCAUGCUGCCCGACUACUACAACACCAGGGUCGUAGGAGCUCUGGUGGAUCAGGGGGUGUUUGAGGAGCUGACCAGGGCCUUCCUGCCCCUACUGUAUGAACACAUGCAGGAGCUGGGCGUCAUCUCCACCAUCAGCCUGUCCUGGUUCCUUACCCUCUUUCUGUCUGUGAUGCCCUUCGACAGCGCCGUCCUACUGGUCGACUGCUUCUUCUACGAAGGCAUUAAAGUCACCUUCCAGGUGGCGCUGGCUGUCCUCCACGACAACAUGGAUGCUCUGCUGGCCUGCAGUGACGAAGGAGAAGCCAUGACCAUUCUGGGCAGGUACCUGGAUAAUGUUGUAAACAAACAGACAGUAGCUCCGCCCAUCCCUCACCUGCAUGCCCUGCUGACGAGCGGAGACGAACCCCCACCUGAGAUCGAUGUCUUCGACCUUAUCAAGUCGUCUUACGAGAAGUUUGGCAGCCUGCGCUCCGAUGUCAUCGAGCAGAUGAGGUUCAAGCAGAGGUUGAAAGUCAUCCAGUCUUUGGAGGACACAGCCAAGAGGAGUGUGGUAAGGGCGAUGAUGACGGAGUCGGCCUUCAGUAUUGAGGAGCUGGAGGAGCUCUACUGUCUCUUUAAGUCCAAACACAUGACAAGCUGUUACUGGGGCUCCACUAGCUCUGCUGCAGAGCGCCAUGAUCCCAGCCUGCCGUACUUGGAGCAGUACCGCAUCGACCCGGUCCAGUUUGCUCAGCUGUUCUCUGCACUCGCUCCCUGGACCUGUGGAGGCCACACAUCCACACUGUCAGCCCGCCUCUUCAGACUCCUGGACCAGAACCAGGACGUGCUGGUCAACUUCAAGGAGUUCAUCACCGGCCUGAGUGGGAUGUAUCACGGUGACAUGACAGAGAAACUCAAGCUGCUCUACAAGCUUCACCUCCCUCCAGCUCUGUGCCCUGAGGAGGCGGAGUCUGCUCUGGAGGCCGCCCACUUCUUCACUGAGGACGAACCACGAGAAUCUUCCUUCCUGUCUGAUCUGGACACUUUGCAGCAGCACGAGGUGACACCAGGUGAGGACGAGAAGGAUGGAGGAGGAGACAAUGAGGAGAAGAAAGAGGUGAAAGACUACAAAUACUACCUGAGGAUGUGGGCCAAAGAGAAGGAGCCCAAGAGAGAGACCAUCAAGGAUCUGCCCAGGAUGAACCAGGAGCAGUUCAUUGAGCUGUGUAAGACUCUGUACAACAUGUUCAGCGAGGAGCCUCUGGAGCAGCAGCUGUACCACUCCAUCGCCACCGUGGCCAGCCUGCUGCUGCGCAUCGGAGAGGUCGGCAAGAAGUUCAACAACGGCGGCAAGAAGACUGAUAUCGCUGCUCAGGCCCCGCCCAUCAACCCUCAGGGAGAGGAGGGGCCUGGUGAGGGGCUGUCGGGUGAGUCUCAGGUGUGCCAGGCUCUGGCCGACGCCCAGCUGGAGCCGGCCGCUCCACAGACGCCCGACGACGAAACCAAAGACGACACAUCUGUGUCGUCGUACUCGGUAGUGAGCUCAGGCUCGCUGCAGUGUGAGGACAUCGCCGACGACACCGUGCUGAUUGGCGGCGGCGAGCAGAGGCGUGGCAGCGUGCUGGAUGUCGAUUGGUCCAUCACCUUCGAGCAGGUUCUGGCGUCAAUGUUGACCGAGCCGCCGCUUGUCGACUAUUUUGAGAAAAAGAGGGACAUCCAGGCCAAGAUGGCAGCCUGUAAGGCUCAGCGAGCAGUGGAGCGUCAGACAAGCUCCACCUCCGAUCACGAACUCACUCAGCAUUCCACCUGAUCACCUGACUCCUCUGUACCCGGAUCAUCUGGUCACCUGACUC